AAGUCAGGCAGACCCAGUCCUCAAACACUGGCUUCACCUGUGACCGACUGUGUGACCUUGGGCAGAUGACCUCACUCUUGUGCUCUAGUUUACUUACCUAUAAAACAGGGCAUAAUCAUAGGGCCUGCCUCAGAGGGUGGUAAGGAUUAAAUGAGAGUCUGUAAAAUCGCUCGGCGCCUUAACACCCAACCAAAGGAGGUGAAAGUUACCAAGUUAUGGUGGCUGGUGGUAGGGGCCAGGAGAGGAGGAGACGGUUCCCGAGGGAGGGAGGGAGGGAGAGUGGAGCAUGGUCAGAGGAGGACUCACACAGACUGGAGGAGCAAAGCAGGUGAAGGAAAGAAUGGGGAAAGUGGGAGCCAGAGGUGAAAGCUGGGCUUGGAGGGAGAGUCCCCUCUCCCUGGGAGGCUCUGGGAAGACAGCUGGCCACACCCACGCAACUGAGUGAGCUACAGGCCCCGGCCUGGAUCAAUAGGGUAGAGAGGAGGGCACCAGGAAGGCAAGAGAUUGGAGAUACAUCAGAUACGUUGUAAUGGGCCAACGAAAGUCAAGUUUACUGCUGAUGGUAGCCCCUCACACCUGUUCUCCAGCGGGCCUUGGGAGCCAGACUGCCCGGGUUGGCGUCCCACCUCUGACCACCACUGACACUUGGCUGUGUGCCUCAGUCGCAUCAGCCAUAAAACGGGAAUCCUUAGGGCACCCACCUCUUAGCAUGCUUCCAAGAAUUAAAUGACUCCAUAGUAAAGUGUUUAAAACAGUGGCUGGCAUAUAAUAAGCCCGGAAGUGUUAGCUCUUUGCUGAUACUAUUGAGGCCAAGGGGACGAAGGAAGGAGAGUGGGUAUCCCUUAGAGUCCCCAGGAUGAUGGUCCAGACAGGCUCAUUGAAAGGGGGGCAAACAGUGAAAGGGGAGCAGAGCACGUGGGUCCCUGCAGCUUGGCACAGUGCCAGGCUGGCCUGGCUGGCAGUGCCUCCCAGGUGGCACAGUUGCCCCGUCCUCGGCCUUUGAUGCUGAAGCGUCUCCUCUUUCCUGGGCGGCCUCCACUCCUUUGUUGGUCUAAGGGGUCAGGACCCCGCGGCCAACUGCAUAAUUAAUGCUCUUGAGUAAGGCUGGAGCCCCCAGGGGGUAGACUGCCUGUAGAGCCAGAGCAGAACGGGUGUGGGCGCUGCCAAGAGCUGAGGGCACUGCGGGCUAAGGUCUUCAGGGCGAGGACAGAGACCCCGAGAAGCCCCUCUUCACUGGGCCCGCCAUGGGUGGGAGCAAAGGUAAAGCGUCCCAGCGCCAGGAGGGCCCCAGGAGGCCGGUCUCAGGGGAGCAGGAGUCCCGGUCGGGCAGCGCCCACUGCGCGCCCAGCCAGGAAGGCGGACAGGGUCUCGGUAAGGCCCGAAGGACCAGACCGGUCUUGGAACCGGUCACUGCGGGAAGCCACAGGACCCACGCUGGCCGCCGGAAGCCCACCGCAGAGCGGAACGGCGGCUGCAGACGGUCAGGGGCUGGGCCGCCAGCAGAGGCCCAGGGGAGACUAGGCAGUGCGCGGCGUCCGGGUCGCGGAUCUAAGGAGAGCCGCGAGCCCCGGGAGGACCGUGGCGGGCGCCUGGAGGAAGAGAGUCUCUCCCGAGAAGGGACAACGAGUGAGCUCUGCCGCCGCAGGAGGAGAGGAAAAGGGCGGGGACCCUCGGCUCGGCAGGGUUGCCGGGAGACUCGGAGCCUGCAUGGGGACACGUCGGGUGGAGACGGGGGCAGCUCUUGCCCGGACAGCGAAACCCGCGAGGCCCAGGAGAGCGACAGCCAGAGCACUGGGGCCCCAGAGCUGCGACCCAAGCCGGAGCAAAAGGACACGGUCCUGGGAGACACCCAAACCGAGUCGGAGCCAGAGCUGGAACCCGGCGAACGCCCCAGCAGCGACGGCGGGGGCAGCGCUGAACCCCGGAGCCGGGAAGGGUCGUCGGGGGUGGGACCCCAGGGAGAGAAGGAGGAUUCCGGGACAGUCACGGAAUCGAGUCUGGAGGGGGCCGGACCUGGAGGGGGCCCACGGACAGCCCCAGGAACGGCGAGCCAAGCCACCGAAGCCGAAGAGACUAGGCCGGGCAAAAAACCCAAGGCCCCCAGCCCCCUUGAGGGCAGCCCAGAGUGCGUCUCCCGGAGCUCGAGGGCUUCUCGGGACCCCAGGCUGGCCCGGGACACAAGAAACAGCGAGGCGCGGCCGGAGGCUGAGUCGCAGGGCGCCGAGCCGGGAAGAGCCGAGGCCUCCGGGACUCGGCGCCUCCAGGUCGGAAAGGCGGUGGGGGAGGUGCAAGUGGCGGCAGGUGAGAGCGAAUCUGGGGCUGGAGGGGGAGACGGGCCCCGGGACCCAGCGCCGCUGGCCGCCCUCGUGGCGCUCCGCAGGCUCCGCGCGAAAUCCCCGGCAGGCCCCGCUCCCCAGGCCGCCGCUUCGGCUCCCCGCCGCGCCGGCCUUAGAGAGCGGCUGCGGCGCGUGGCGCGCGCCCUGGGUCUGCUGCGGCCUCCCCCUGGCGGCGGCUCGAGCUCCCCACAGCCUUCGAAGAGCCCAGCUCUCGAGGGCCCUUCUGAGGAUGAGGACCGGACUCCGGAUCCCAAGUUCGCGGUCGUGUUCCCCAGGAUGCACAGGACCGGGAGGGAGUCGAGCAGUCGGAGCUCAGAGGAAGCGUCCGCGGACGCCCCAGCCCGGGGGGGACGCGUUUGGCCUUGUGAAGGGGCUUCGGGGGACAGGGAGGGGCGCAGGGCGAGUGGAGAAAGUGUGGCCGGGCCCCGCCGGGGCUCUCUCCUCGGCCCUGCUCCCCGCGACGAGUCCCCACUGGACGAGAGCGGCUCCAGCAGUGAAGCGCGGCCGGAAACCUUGGAGGCCGAGGCUCCGGUCCACUGGACUCAGAGCUCAGAACCCCGCGAGGACCCCGGACUUGACACCGACGACGCGCUGCUGCCUCGACUCACCUUGGAGACCCACCUGCGGUGGGAGAGAAGCCCGGGCCCCUGCGGGCCUCCGAGGGGGCGGUGGGUGCCAGACGAUGAGGCUGAGGAGGCGCUGGAGAGGGACCUGGAGCUGAGCCUCGGGCCGGGCCUGGAGGUACCGCCCUCCCUGGGAGCGGAGGGCAGGAGCCUUGCGGAAGGCCUGGAAGACACGGACGACCUGGCUCGGCUGCGACCAGUGUGUAACAGCUCUGUGCUGCUGUGCCUCAAGAAGAGGUUUCACCUGGGCCGAAUCUACGUACGGGGGCACCUGGGGAGGACAUUUGGGGGACCCUUUCUGCUCUCCCUGAACCCCCGCCGGCCCCUGCCUCUCUUCUCAGCUGAGGUCCUGGCCAGCUACCACCCCAAGAAGGCCCUUAACACCACCCCACACAUCUUCGCCACUGUGGCGUCAGCCUAUCGCUUGUCUCAGAGCACUGGGCAGGGCACAUGCAUUCUCCUCGGUGGGCACAGUGGCUCAGGGAAGACAGAAGCUGCCAAAAAGAUUGUGCAAUUCCUAAGCAGCCUGGAGCAGGAGCAAACAAGGGACAGAAGAUGUCAGCUGGACGGUGUGCUGCUGAUGCUUCGCAGCUUUGGCCACGCCAAAACAGUCCUCAAUGCAAACGCCAGUCGCUUCGGCCAGGUCUUGCGUCUCUGCCUGCAGCGUGGGGUCAUCGUGGGAGCUUCUGUGUCACAUUAUCUGCUGGAGGCCUCGAGGGUGGUGUUUCAGGCCCAGGCUGAACGGAGCUUCCAUGUUUUCUACGAGUUGCUGGCGGGGCUGGACCCUGUGGCACGGGAGCAGCUCUCCCUACAGGGGCCAGAGACCUACUACUACCUGAACCAGGGCCAGGCCUGCAGGCUCCAGGGCAAGGAUGAUGCCCAGGACUUCGAAGGACUUCUGAAGGCCCUGCAGGUGCUGGUCACGCGCCCUGAGGAGCUGACUGCAGCCUGGGCCAUGCUGGCCGCCAUCCUGCAGCUGGGCAACGUCUGCUUCUCCUCUUCAGAGUGGGAGUCCCAGGAGGUGGCUGCUGUGUCCAGCUGGGCCGAGAUCCACACGGCAGCCCGGCUGCUGCUGGUGCCACCAGAGCGCCUGGAGGGGGCUGUCACCAGGAAGGUCACGGAGACAGCCUAUGGCUGGGUCUGCAGAUCUCUGCCGGUGGAAAGCGCCAUUGAUGCCAGGUGGCCCCAGGGGCGGGAGAGAGCUAUAGCCGGGCCCAGCUCGCUACUGCACUGGCUCACUCACCACGCCCACAGGGACGCCCUGGCCAAGGCCCUGUAUUCACGGCUUUUCACUUGGCUUCUGGGGAGGACCAACGCGCAGCUGGCACCACCCAGGGAGGGAGAGAGCAUGGACACCGUCACCGUCGUGGACGUCUAUGGCUUUGAGGCCCUGCGGGUGAAUGGCCUGGAACAGCUGUGCAAUAACCUUGCCAGCGAGCGCCUGCAGCUCUUCACCAGGCAGACGCUGCUGGCCCAGGAGGAGGAGGCCUGUCAGCGAGAAUUGCUGCCCUGGGUGCCCGUUCCCCAGCCUGUGAGGGAGACCUGCCUGGACCUCCUCGUAGACCAGCCCCACAGCCUCCUGAGUAUCCUGGAUGCCCAGACAUGGCUGUCCCAGGCCACAGACCACACCUUCCUCCAGAAGUGCCACUAUCACCAUGGCAGUCACCCCUGCUAUGCCAAGCCCCAGCUGCCCCUUCCUAUCUUCACCGUGAGGCAUUACGCUGGGACCGUCACCUACCAGGUUCACAAGUUUGUGGACAGAAACCGGGAUCAUCUUGACCCUGCCGUGGUGGAAAUGCUUGCUCAGAGCCAGCUCCAGCUGGUGGGCAGCCUGUUCCAGGAAGCAGAGUCCUGGUCUGGGGAUGGGCGAGGCAAACCCACGCUGGCGUCUCGCUUCCAGCAUUCUCUGGAGGACCUCCUAGCCCAGUUGGGCAGGAGCCAUGUCUAUUUCAUCCAGUGCCUCAACCCCAACCCGGGAAAGCUUCCGGGUCUCUUUGAUGUAGAACACGUGGCAGAGCAGCUGCUCCAGGCAGGCAUCCUGGAGGCAGUGUGUACCCGCAGUGCCAACUUUCCUGUGCGUGUGACCUUCCAGGCUUUCUUGGCCAGGUUCCGGGCCCUGGGGACAGAGGGGCAGGGAGAGUCCUCAGACCGGGAGAGGUGUGGCGCCAUCCUGAGCCAGGUGCUGGGGGCUGAGUCGCCCCUCUGUCACCUGGGAGCCACCCAGGUCCUGCUGCAGGAGUCCGGCUGGCGGCAGCUGGAGUGGCACUGGGCCCGGCAACGCUCCCAGGCCCUGCUCGCCCUGCACCGCAGCCUGCGCGCAUGCAUCUCUCGCCAGCGCCUCCGCCUCCUCCUCCUGCCACGGAUGCAGGCGCGCGUGCGAGGGCUCCAGGCCAGGAAGCGGUACCUCCGGCGGCGGGCGGCUCUGGGACAGCUGAACACCAUCCUGCUGGUGGCCCGUCCCCUGCUCUGGAGGUGGCAGAGACGGCAGCUUGGGCGUUGGCGUGGUUGGCACAGCAGGAGGACCUCCGAGAAAGCUCCAAGCAUGGAACUGGGACGCUUGGAGAUCCCGGCUGAGCUGGCCGUCAUGCUGAAGGCGGCAGAAGGCCGUCAACAUGUUUUGGCUGAUAGCAUCACGGAGUCGAUGCCCCCGGAAGUGCCUGUCCGGCCCAAGCUGACCCUCCCCCCCGACAUUGACCGGUUUCCGUUCUCCAGCUUCAUAUCCAUUAGCUUUCAGGAGCCAUCCCUGCCCCACCCUGGGCAGCCACUGACCAAGCCCCUGACCCGGCUGGUCGGGGAGAACCCUCAGCAUGCCCUGGAUAUCAACAAGGUGCUGCUGCGGCUCCUGGGGGACGGGUCCCUGCCCUCCUGGCAGGAGCAGACCAUGGGCGAAUACCUGGUGCGACAGGGGCAGCGCCGACCAGGGCUGCGGGACGAGAUCUUCAGCCAGCUCGUGGCCCAGAUCUGGCACAACCCGGACGAGCAGCAGAGCCAGCGCAGCUGGGCCCUCAUGGCCAUGCUGCUCAGCGCUUUUCCCCCAAUGCCCACCCUGCAGAAGCCACUGCUCAAGUUUGUGUCCGACCAGGCCCCCACAGGCAUGGCAGCACUGUGCCAGCACAAGCUCCUGGGGGCCCUGGAGCAGAUGCGGCUGGCCCCCGGGAUGGCACGCGCCCACCCGCCCACCCAGCUCGAGUGGACAGCCGGACGGCGGCGGGGCCGCAUGGCACUGGACGUCUUUACGUUCGAUGAGGAGUGCUACUCAGCCGAGGUGGAGUCCUGGACCACGGGGGAGCAGUUCGCUGGGUCUAUUCUGCAGAGCAGAGGCCUGGAGGUGCCCCCCCGUGGCUGGUCCGUGUCACUGCACUCCAGGGAUUCCUGGCAGGAUUUGGCGGGCUGUGACUUCGUGCUGGACCUCAUCGGCCAGACUGAGGACCUGGGGGACCCCGUCAGUCCUCGCAGCUACCCCAUUGCCCCCCGUGGCUUACCUGAGGACAUCCCCCCCGCCCCUGGCAUCCAGGCCCCCUCACUGCCCCCAGAUCCACCUCCGGGUCCGCCCCCAACACUGUCCAGCAGGAGCCACACAGCCGAGUCUCAGGUCUCAGGGAGUCUGGACGGCUUCCUGGACCACCUCUUCGAGCCGGUCCUCUCCCCAGGCCGCAGCGAUCUGGAGCAAGGCUGGGCUCUGAGCAGCCGCAUGAAGGGAGGGGGCGCCAUUGGGCCCAUGCAACAAGGCAGCUACCCCAUGGUUUACCCAGGGAUGAUGCAGAUGCCCGGAUACCAGCCGGCCAUGAUGCCUGCAGCCAUGCCCAUGAUGCCGGCGGUGGGCGCAGUCCCUGCCAUGCCAGCCAUGGUGGUGCCGCAGCAGCCACAGCCGCAGCCCCUGCUUCCCGGUGUGGACCCGAGGCAGCUGGCGGCCCAGCAGCAGAACUUCAUCAACCAGCAGGCGCUGAUCCUGGCCCAGCAGAUGACCACCCAGGCCAUGACCCUGUCGCUGGAGCAGCAGACGCAUCAGCGUCAGCGCCAGUCAGAGGCCCAGACCCGUGGAGCUGCUGCCCCGACCUCACCCCCACCCGUCACCCCCAGCCCCAAGCCCAAGAAGCCCCUGGUUCCACGGGAGGAGCCGGAGCAGGAGCUGGAAUCGGAGAUCUCCCAGGAGCCCCGAGACAAGCCCCGGAGGCCUAAGAGCUUCCAGCAGAAACAGGACUUUUUCCAGAAACUGGGGCAGCAGCAGAUCAAGGUGAAGACAGUGAAGCCGCCGGCCAAGAUACAGAUCCCCCAGGAGGAGGAGCAGGACGAGGAGCAGGACGAGGAGGAGCCCAGAGCAGUGCCAUCCCCUCCUCCUCCCCCUAUAGUGAAGAAGCCACUGGCACGAGGGGGGGCCAAAGCCGCACGAGAGGCUGAGGCUGAGCCGGCCCAGGAGGCGGGGCCUGGUGCUGAUCCGGAGCCCGCACAGGACAGAGACCUGGUCCGCAGCUCGGACCCCGCGCCCCGACGGCGGGCAGAGCCCAGCAGGGAGAUCCGCAACAUCAUCCGCAUGUACCAGAGCCGCCCGGGUCCUGUUCCUGUGCCAGUGCAGCCAUCCAAGAGGCCCCCAACGUCUUUCAUGAAGAAAAACAACCCCAAGGAUGAGGCUCUGGCUAAGUUGGGGAUCAGUGGUGCCCACACAUCCACAUCGGUGCUGUCACCCAGCCCAAAGAAGGGCCCCCCGCCACCUGUGGCCCCUCGACCCAAGGUCCCAACACAGCUUGGGCCCUCCAACUCCAUCAAGGAGGACCAGGGUCUGUUUGGCCAGACUCCACCCACUGCCCAUGCACCACCACCUCCUCCAGCGCCCCCACUGCCUGGGGAACCAGGGACCCUUUCAGCGGAGCCCCGUGGCUUGAUGGAGCCCAUGGAGGACCAGGGGGUCUCCACCCAGCUGCUCGUGCCCUCUGGCAGCGUGUGUUUCUCCUACGUCGGUGCGCCCUGGAGGCUGUUCCUACGCAAGGAGGUGUUCUACCCCCGGGAAAACUUCAGCCAUCCCUACUGCCUCCGGCUGCUCUGUGAGCAGAUCCUGAGGGACACCUUUGCCGAGUCCUGCAUCCGGAUCUCCCAGGAUGAGCGGCACAAAAUGAGAGAGCUAUUGGGAGACCUGGAGGUGGGCCUAGAUUCGCUCAGUACCACCGAGGACAACGUCAAGAAGCGCAUCGUGGUGGCCGCUCGGGACAACUGGGCCAAUUAUUUCUCCCGAAUCUUCCCUGUCUCGGGUGAGAGUAGCAAUGACGUGCAGCUGCUGGGCGUGUCCCACCGGGGGCUGAGGCUGCUCAAGGUGACCCGAGGCCCCAGCGUCCACCUCAACCAGCUGAAGACUCUCUGCUCAUACAGCUUUGCUGAGGUGCUGGGCGUGGAGUGCCUGGGCAGCUCCACUCUGGAGCUGUCACUAAAGGCUGAGCAGCUGGUGUUGCACACGGCCCGGGCAGGUGCCAUCAAGGCCACGAUUGAGCUGUUCCUGAGUGAGCUCAAGAAGGACUCUGGCUAUGUCAUCGCCCUGCGAAGCUACAUCACCGAUGACCACAGCCUCCUCAGCUUCCACCGUGGGGACCUCAUCAAGCUGCUGCCAGUGGCCGCUCUGGAGCCCGGCUGGCAGUUCGGCUCCACCGGGGGCCGUUCUGGACUCUUUCCCGCCAACAUGGUUCAGCCAGCUGCUGCUCCAGACUUUUCCUUUUCGCCAGAGAGGAGUGGCCGGCACAUGAGUCAGCUGCAGCACGGAGAGCCGGGGCUGGCUCGGUGGGAGAGGGCCACGGAGCGCCAUGCCCACCCCCGGAGCCGGACACACAGUGACAACUCCGAGGCCACCAGCUCGACCCACUCUGCGGCCUACCUCUUUCUGUCCACGGAAUCCCACAACUACACCAUGCAGGAAUUUGCCCUGAACCACUUCCGGAAGCCUCAGACCUUGCUGGACCAGACACAUGGAGAUGCUAAGAAGGCCAUGGCCAGCCUGGUGCAAUACACCAAGGCUCCCAUACAAGAAUCGCUCAUCAGCCUCAGUGAUGAGGAUGCCAACAGGCAGGCUGUGGAAAGCUUCCAGGUUCUGAUGCAGUUCAUGCAGGACCAGCCCAAGCCCCGGGGCAAGAAUGAGUCGGAGCUCCUUUACGAGCUGCUGAGGCUGUGUCGGGAGGAGAACCUCAGGGAUGAGAUUUACUGCCAAGUCAUCAAACAGGUCACAGGACACCCUCAGCAGGAACACUGUGCUCGUGGCUGGAGCUUCCUCAGCCUCCUCGCAGGCUUCUUCCCCCCGUCAACCACGCUGAUGCCCUAUGUGACCAAGUUUCUGCAGGACUCAGGCCCAAGCCAAGAGCUGGCCCAGAAAAGCCAGGAGCACCUCCAGCACACAGUCAAAUAUGGGGGGCGCCGGCGGCUGCCCUCUCUGGGUGAAAUUCAGGCUUUCCUGAAAGGGCAAGCAGUCCGCCCGCUUCUCAUUCACUUGCCAGGGGGUCUGGAUUACAAAACCAGUAUCCAGACUUUCACGGUGGCAGCAGAAGUGCUGGAGGAGCUGUGCCGGCAGAUGGGCAUCACUGACCCCCAGGAAAUGCAGGAAUUUGCCCUCUUCCUCAUCAAAAAGGAAGGCGAGCUGGUGCGGCCCCUGUGGCCCCACGAGUACCUCAACAGCGUGUUGGAUCAGGACGUGAGCCUACACAGCCAGCGGCUCAGCUGGGAGACCCAGCUGCACUUCGAUCACCCCACCUACAUCACCACCCACUACAAGCAGGUGCUGCGGGACUAUCUCCAGGGGAAGCUGUUGGUCAGUCCCCAGGCAAACGCCCAACUGGCCAGGCUGGCCGCCCUGCAGCACCGCAGCCAGACCCAAGAGGACCGGCUGUCAGAGCAAGACCUGUUGGCUUACUUGCCAAAGCCGCUGCAACGGUUAGUGAGCACGUCAACCAUAAAGAACCUGAUGGAACAGGAGUUGAGGUGGAUACAAGCAUGCAGCUCCCAAGAAGCACAGAUCAGCUUCAUUGAGGCUGUGAGCCAGCUGCCCCUCUUUGGCUACACCGUCUACGUGGUGUUGCGGGUCAGUCAGCUGGCCCUGCCCGGACCCAGCCUUCUGGGACUCAACCGCCAGCACCUCAUCCUCAUGGACCCCAGCUCCCAGAAAGUGUACUGCUCCGUCGCCCUGAAGGACCUGCAGAGACUCCACCUGCUGAGCCCCCUGGAGAGCGAUGGGCCCCCUGGCCUGGAACUCAACUACGGCUCUGCCGACAACCCCCGGACCAUCUGGUUUGAGCUGGUGAAGGCCCAGGAGCUGAAGCACACCAUCGCCUUCCUGAAGGACAGCGGCACUGCUUCCAACUAACGGCUGGCCUCACCCAAGAAGAGGGGGAGAGGGGAGGAGACGAGGAAGGGGCCCCUCCCACAUCCAAGUCUGACUGGGAGGGUCUCCCUUGGGUGCCAUGAGGCCAUUUUGGUUUGGACUCCACUCCCCCACCCCCGGCUGUUCUGGAACCUCCCACAGCACGGAGCUCCUGGCCCACGUGGAGGCCAUGAGGCAGGAGCUACUACGGUGACAUCAACUGGGAAAGAGAGUAGCAAGACUCCCCCCUGGGGGUUCCCGGAGUGGGGGCUGCAGGAACUCGCUUGGGCAGCUGAUGCUGCCUACCCUGGGGGAGAUGCCCGUAUGGCGCAGGCCCUGGCUCAACACCAGAACGAUCCCAGGCCUGGGAGAAGCAAAUGCUGAGGAAAUAAAACUCCCAAGAGAAAAA